AUGCCUGCAAGUUUAUUGUUAUUGUCACCUGAAUUACUGGUGAAUAUCCUGCAGUCUCUAACUUCCUCAAGAGAUCUUGAUGCGAUAGUCAAAGCAUCAUCGCAAGUUUAUCGGGUCUUUGCAUCAUACAAGCAGUCUGUUGUUUCCGCAAUCUUACUUCAGGCUAUACCCCAGGAGGUUGAGCUAGAGUUUGUCUUGGCGUACCGUGCACAGAGAAUCUGGAAGCUGGUUCCCGAAGAUGAAGAACAGCGUGGUGGAUAUCGACGCGGCAGGUACCAAGAGCUUUUCGAUAGCUUGAAUCAAGAGUCCACUGCUAUCCUUGACCAAUAUAAGUCAGGAAAAGGUGAACAACUCCACGAGUUGAUCUCCAAUCGCGCGCUAUUACUGGACAUCUGGAAAUUCUACAGCAGUUUCGAACACCUCCUGGUUUCAUACGGCACCAGGGCACUCUCAGACCUGCAGCACUCUUCCUCUGUCCCAAAUGUGCUGUUAUCCUUUACCGAGAAGACCCGUUUACAGCGAGCCUUUUAUCGGUGGGAAAUAUAUACAUGCCUGUUCCAGAUAUCACAGGUUUUUGGUGAUCGUCCUCUCCGCCCGGCACCUGCAACUGACCCAGCACCAAGGUUUGCAGCAAUGCUUCGUCCCUGGGAAGUUGAAGAAAUAUCCUGUGUAGCUCAGUUCUAUAGAGUCCUUCUAGAAGAGCUUAGCGAUAGGAUCGAGGAAGACUUUGUGACAAUGGCAAAGGAGAAAAUGGAUGCGCGCGCCGAUGUCGGCGGUGAGAAAGAGGAAAUUGGGGCUAUGCUGGAUUGGUUUGGCCUAUGGUGGUAUGAUGAAUCCUCCAAGGGAAGCGAACGGUCAGAGCAUAUAGACUAUCUGAUCUCACGAGGAAUGCUAGCCGUGCGGAAGCUGACCAGCGCACCCUUGUCAAUUGUGAGAAGGAUGGUUGUAACAUCAGAUUCAGAAGCUCAAGGUAAAAAGUCUAUAUUGCGUGGUUUGCACGAGUCGGGGUCUCAUGAGGAAAGAGAAGGAAAUGAAGAAGAAUUCAUUAAAAGGCAAGCUGCAGAUGACAAUUCUGAUGAUGAGAGCCUCGGGCAUUGCAAUUUCGGCUGGCUAUGGGCUGUCGGGAAUGAUAAGACGAAAUGGAGAUGGGAUAUCGAUCUCCCUGUUAACUAUGAGCUGAGGAAUCGAGGAUACGUUUUUUGGGACAAAGCACGACUACUGAAAUGUAAAAAGUUCCAGUCUCCUCGUGACCCAGUGAAGGAUGCGUUUGAGUUCCCUGUCGGUUAUCAAGAGUAUUCUGACCAACCGGGUAUUCAGACCAAGCUCAAAGACUUCCUUAUCAGUUGGGAUGUUGUCAGAGAGAUGGCGGAUGAAAUUCGCUUUCGGGAGAAUGGAGAUGAUGAUUCUUCUGUGAUAGACUGGAGGAACUAG